AUCUAAAAUUCUAGCCAAUCAGAUUCAACUUGCCAACUAAACAAAACAAUAUGGUCGAUAUUGAUACGCACAAGACAGGUAAAUCGGAGUUCGGGAUAUACUAGUAAAGUUCAGUAGUGAUCGAAAUUGCGAUUAAUUUUUCAUUAUUGACAUGAUUAUUGUACUAUUCCACGUGCUUUACCUUUUCGGCAAAUUUGUAUACCAAAAUUAUCGAAAUAAGCAAAAAGCCAUUGACGAUGAUGUGAUUAACACGGAGGUGCAAUUAAAUAUUUCUGAAGAAGAUUAUAACAUGAGAGAUCCUGAAGCACCGCAAGAUUUCGAAAGAAAGCCUAUUACAUUUUCCCCACCGUUGUACAUGCAGAGAUACAGAGCUGUGCAGGAUAUAUUGUCUAGUGAAAAAUAUGAAGGAAAAAUACGCAAGAUCGCUGAUAUUGGAUGCGGAAACUUUGGUUUUUUUAAUUACAUGAAACGUACACCUGGCAUAGAAGAAAUAUUAUGCGUGGAUGUUAAUGAAUCAGUUCUAGAUUUCCACAAAAAGGUUGCGCCUUUAAUAUCAGAAUACAUAAAUAGGAGACCUACACCUCUUGUGGUUGAGAUAUAUAAGGGUUGUGUUACUGAAAAUGACAAGAAACUAGAAAACACAGAUGCCGUAAUAUGCAUAGAAUUGAUCGAACAUUUGCAUCCAAGUACAUUGGCAAAGGUUCCUCAAAAUAUCUUUGGAUUUAUCAGACCAAAAGUGGCAGUGAUAACAACCCCAAAUGCGGAUUUCAAUGUCUUGUUUUCAAAUGUUUUUAGAUUUAGACAUUAUGAUCACAAAUUUGAAUGGACCAGACAACAAUUUCAAAAAUGGGCUACAAAUAUUACUUUAAAAUAUCCUAGUUAUACAGUAACAUUUGAAGGAAUUGGUAAAGGCCCAGAAGGUUCAGAACAUUUAGGAUGUUGUACUCAAAUGGCUGUAUUUCAUCGUAUUUAUGAAUUUGAAUUUUGUAACCCUGGCAUUGAAAAUUUAUUUAAAUUAAUAACCAGAUAUGAUUACCCGUUUAAAGUAGACAAUCGAUCAGAUGAACAAAAGAUUCUUGAUGAUGCUACAUAUUACAUUAGAUAUUUAUCAUAUGAAGACCCUGAAUUGGAACAAGAAAUUCCGUUACAUACAUUAUUACCUAUGUUAUAUAACUUUCGCAUUUCUGUGAUUGCAUUGCAAGUAAUUUUAGAAGAAGCUGGUUGGUUGAUUGAAAAUCGUGAAUCUGGACCAGUUGUAAUAGUACCGCCAGUUUCUGAUUCUGAGAGUUCAAUAGACGACUGGAAUCCUGAGGUUUCUCCUGCAGAUGAGGAUUGGAAUUCAGAACAUGGACCACAUAUAGAUUUCCAACAGAGGCAUUUAGAACAGAGCUCUUCAAAUGUAUUGGAUAAUGAAAUUUGGAAUGAAGAACCAAGUAUUGUUAUACCACAAAAUAAUUCUAUUAUUGAAGACAAUAUUAACCUCUACGAUGAAGAAAAUGUUUUAUUAAGUAAUGAAUCUGAAACGACAAGAAAUACUGAAAUUUCUGUUAGAAGUGAAAUUAACAAUGAAGAAAAUUUAGAUCCAAUACUUGGCACAGAUAAUUUCAAUAACUCAUUUGACAAUAAUGAUGCAUCAUAUGUAAAUGAAUCAACAGAGCUAUCUGACUCAUCCUCAACAAAAAAAUUUGAAGAUUUUUAUACAUCAGAUACGCAAAAUAAUGCUACAUCAAGUACUACAUUUAAACUUAAUCGUACAUUAGAUCUUCCAAUUUACAUGUCCGUUUCACGGGCCUCUACUUCACCUGAGCCAUAUCUUUUAGAUGCUGUUAAAAUGGACUGCCAUUUAGAAAAUAAUAGUAUGUCUAGUCAAAGUAAUUACUGGAUGUUAAAUAAUUCACUCGAUCAAGAAAAUGUAUCAAUUAACAGCACUGUAGAUGUAAAUGAUGAAAAAAACAAGAAAUCAUCAUUGAAACAUAAUUUUAACAAUUGUAUUCACUUACACAACAAUUAUUUAAAUACAUCAUACAAAGAAGAUGAAAAUUCUGAUAGUGAGGCUAAUGCAGAAGCAAAUUGUUUUAGUCAAAAUCAAAUACAAAGCGUCCAAGAAGAUAUUAAUACUUCGGAAAGCAAUUCUUACUUAGAAGAUGAAUUGCAAUCAAAUCCAAGUAGUGUAAUGUUUGCUAAUAGUAUUCCAUUAGACAAUCAACCACAGUUUACAAGUUCGCCGAAGGUAGAGAUUAAAGUAAAUAGCAUAAAUAAAAAGCGAAGAUCUCUUGAUUAUAAGGAGGAGAAAAAUAGUACCAAUUCGUUAAACAUAACGCAGAAAUAUGAGUUAACAAAUCCCAGCAGCGAUAAUUUAUUAGAAAAUAGGGACGAAGUAUUGCAUAACAACAAUGAUAUAAAUAUAACGACUAUAUUAGCUGUUAAUUCAAGAGAUAUUUGUACAGCUGAUAAUUCUGAUAUUUCUACAUAUCAGGAUGACAUAAAAAAGAAAAGUGAAAACGAGUUAAUAAAUAAUUCUAAUCAAGAUACGCUUAUUAGUAGCAAUAUAGCAACAAUAUCUUGUACAUUAAAUGAGAAUUUGUUUGAUGCAAAUUCCUUACAUAGUAACAAUAGCAUGAAAAAUCAUAAAACAUUAGAAACAGAAACUAAAGAAAUAUUAGCAGAAGAACAAAAAGAGUUUCUUGCAAACACAAAUAAUAUACAAUCGGUAAAUUACAAUACAAAAAUUGAAUUAAUGAUUAAAUCAAAGUCUUACACAGAAUUUAUUAAUGAUACUGAUGGAAAGACUGAAUUAAAACCUGAAUUACAUGAUGAUUGUGAUUUGUGCGUUAAAAAUGUAAAUAGUACCAAAAUGUCUCAUGCCAAAGAUAUUAGUAAUUUAGAAAAUAUCACUUUAGUAUCUGACCAUGCCAAGAAUACAAGAGAUAUUGAAUCUACAUCAGUGUUGAAAAGUAAAAAAUUAAUUGAAUAUAAUGCAGAGAAUCAUGAAUCAAAAUGUAAAAAUAUAAACCCAAAUAUUGGGGAAUUCGAAUUAAAACCUUCUCCAGAAACUGUGGAAUCACCUCCAAACAGUUGGUCUCAGGAAGUAAUGGAUUCUGGAUAUCCAAAUUCCGCUUCCGCUCAGGAUAUGACACCGGAAUACGAUCUAUCAAGCAUAGCGCCAGAUCAUAUAUCAGAUUCCGAAUCUCCAAGUAUAGCAGAAGCACCGAGACUUGAAAUUGCCGACGUGAUCGAAGUUGAAAAUGGUGAUCUUGCAAAUAAUAACAGAGAUGGUGAAGGUAAUAAUAUGAUGGCUGCAGAAUUGAACAAUUUGGAAGAUUUACAACCCUUAAUUGAAGUACUCGAAAAUGAUAUUGAAAAUGAAAAUGAUAUUUACGCAGUAGAGAAUGACUUUCCUAUAUGGUUACUUAGAAUACUUAAUAUGGCCAACCCAGUUGAAGUUGAUAUACAUAUACAGGAUCACAGGGAACUUGUAUUUCCAAACAGAGUAGCAGGUGACAAUGCAAGAUACGUAAAUAUGGAACGCGACGAAGGUUUUGAUAGUAGCUCUGAAGAGAACAGUGAUUUGGAAAAUAAUGAAAUGAGAGAUAAUGUAAAUGAUGCCAAUGAAAACGACAAUGAAAAUGCUUCUAAUAGUGAUAGUGGGAGUGAACAAUGGAUUGUAAAUGACACGUGAUAUUAUUGAAAUAAUAAUAUAAAUGAUUCACAUAUCAGGUUACAAUACAUUUGAAAAGUCUGAAAAUAGAGAUGUGAAUUAUUUUUGAACAAUAUUUUCAUUGCUUAUUGAUCUUAUUUUUUUUUUUUUUUUUCUUUACAAGCUAUUUUUAGAAUACAUCUACAAUGUAUGAUGUAUUUUAAAGUUCUGAAAAAAGUUUCAAAAAAUUUGUUAGGGUUAAGUUAGUUAUUUAAUUUUUUUUUUUUUCCUUUUAUACAUAUAUUUUUAUAAAUAUGUAAAAAAAUUUUUUUUUCUAUAUUGAUAAUAAUCGCAUAAAAACAAAUAAUACAUCAUCUUUAUUAAUAUAUUUGUAUCUAUUGAAGAAUUGAUGUUCUUUAAUAACAUAACACUAUUUCAACAUCAGUACAUCCGUAUGCAAUUGUAUAUUAUUAAUAAUAUUUGCUUAUUACUACUUGAAGACAGUCGAAUUUAAAAAAGAUAUAUAUUUUCGUACGAUUUUCAAGACUUUCUCAUCAUAUCGUUUUUAAGUAGAAUUUGCGAUGCGCUAUUUUAUCUAUAUAUGGUUUGCAAAAAUUUAUUUAUGUUAUUGGGAUUACUACUUACAUCUAUUUAAUAAAUACCUCUUUAAUUUAUAAUGAUGUUUUUUAUUAUAUGUUAAAAUGUAUCUAAGAUUGAAAUCUAUCCAAGACAUUUCAUUUUCAUAAAAAAAAAAAAAAAAAAUAAAAUAUAUCUCCUAAAGAAGUGAUUUUUCUCAAUUCUUACAUUAUUUAAGAUUUAGUAUUACUAAUUAAGUAAUACUGAGACUAGUGGUAUUACUAUCAAUAAAAUAGUGAUGCAACAUUGAAACACUUAUGAAAUAGACAGAUGAUAUCUUUCUUUAUUUCAGUAAUAGUGGAAUGGCAUUACAAGGUGUACAGUGAUAUAUAUGUAAUAAUCUAAAAUCUUUACAUGACUUGUUAGUAGCUUAUCUUUAUAUAUAGUUUUUUAGUAUUUACACAAAGUAUAUCUUUUGUUUUAUGUUAGAUUAUUGUUAGCUAUUAUUGUAAUUUCUGAAGUGAUUAUAAACUUCGCUUUAGUCGUGUAUAUGUUACUUAGUAAAUAUUACAUUAACAAAACUGAAGUUAAAUUAUUACCAGUUAGGGAAGAAAUAAAAUAAAAAUAAUCAUUACCAAUCUCUUCCAUAAACUUUACAAUGCAAGAUAAUGGCAUGAUAUUUAAUUUAAUUCUUAAUAUUAUAAAUUUAUAACUCACAAUACAAGCAGUACAAAAUAAAUUAACCAAUAAUUCCAUCAAAUGAAUGGCACUAAUUAGUACACACACACAUACACAUAUGCACAUAAAGCUAGAUUUACAAUCUAAAAUAUCCUUUCAAACAUUUUGGAAUAUUUAUUCAAUUUUAUUAUUUACGUAACUGAAGUGUUUAUUAAAAAUCUGAUUAAAUUCUAACUUUAAGUAGUGCCUUAACAUAAUUUAUGGCCUUAUGUCUAAUAUAUAGACUCUAUUCAAAAGAGAAGCACAACUGAUAAUCAAAUAUACAUUUACAUCACGCGCAUAUACAUACAUGUUCUUUAGCAAUUGUGAAUUUAUGUAGCCAAAUUCUU